UUCAAAUAAACGAAAAAAAAAUUGCACGCAAGGCUUCGGCUACCAUCUACUCCCUUACCGUUGGAAACCGUAUAUCUCUUCAAGGCAGCGGCAGUCAUCCACUCCCCGGCUGUUGGAUUUUUUACUCCUCUCAUCUCUCAGAUCAUUCACUCCCGAGUUCCUCCAUUGCCGAUCCGCAGUAAUUUUAAAUUUUGGAGUACUGGUGAGUUGGUGAGUGAGUGAGGAUGGCGGAUAGUGGAAUAGAGAUAGAGAAAGUAGAGUGGUUGGAUCCAGAGAUGGAAUUUCUGGCAUCGAAGCGAGAGACGGGGAAUGAGUGGGAGCUCUUUAAGGAGAAUGUUAGGCCCUUGAAGAGAGGCCGCAAAGUCUCCAUCUUAAACGAAGCUCUCAAGGUUCACAACGACAAUCAACUCAAGAUAUCCCUCCUUGACCAAAGAAGGCUGUUGAUUCAAGCGAUUGACGAGUGUAAAGGCGAGGAUCCUCUCCACCCAUGGCUUGAGUGUAUCAAGUGGGUUCAGGAAGCAUUUCCACCUGGUGGAGAUUCCUCGGGGUUGGUGGUGAUAUAUGAGCAAUGCGUACGUACAUUUUGGCAUUCAGACCGUUACAAGGAUGAUCUCCGCUAUCUCAAAGUCUGGUUGGAAUAUGCUGAAAAUUGUGUAGAUGCUCAAGUCAUAUACAGUUUUCUUGAUGCAAAUGAAAUCGGGAAGACACAUGCGGUUUUCUACAUCUCAUAUGCUUUGCUCUUGGAAUCCAAGAACAAAAUGAAAGCUGCCAAUGAAACAUUUAAUCUUGGGAUAUCUAGGAAUGCUCAGCCCGUAGAAAAAUUGAAGGAUGCAUAUAGGAAAUUUAUUGCUCGCUCUAUGAGAAAAUCAAAAGCUGCAGAGGAGGAUCCAAUGGAGAAACAUUUACCCACCCGAAGCUUUGGAACUGUCCUUUCCAAGGGAGAGAAUCGAAAGCUGGGGAGCUCUGAUCUGCUGAGAAAUAAUUUGAAGCCAGAUAGGGAUCGUGUCCUGGCUCCAAUCAACAUUUAUAAAGAGUCAAAUUCUGUUGAUGUUGGCUCUCGUUACCAUCCAGACGUGCCAAAGACAGACCUGAAUUCUUGGCACACCCUUGGACCUAGAGCUGAGAGAAAUAAAGAAAACAAUGCUAUCCCUACCAAGUGGACGACAUACAAGAUUCCACAGAGACCUGGAUCUAGAACUAGAGGAGCAGGUGCUAGUAGCACCUGUAUUGAAGUUUUUGUUGAUGAAGAAUGUGAAGAGAAACAUAGAAUGAAUGUUGAGGAGGGUGCCAAGUCUUCAACCGUGCAACUUAGACUGGACGAGGAGAGAGAUCUCAAAAGGGAAACAGAAUUGCUGCGGGAGGACCCCUUGCGCAAUUUCCCUCCCAACAGUCUUCCUAGGUGAUGGCCAAAAUUUAUGCUUGUUCGAGUGUUAGAUGAUGAUACAUUCGCGGAUCAACGCUUUAUCUCUCUAAAGCGUUGCACAUGCUUAUGAAUUCAAAUUUCAAGUUGGAUAUGCUAAAACGUUAUCCUAGGGGAUGUAUGUUUGCAAUUCUGGAUAUGCUAAAGCGUGACACAUGAUUGUGAAAUUCUGGAUUUUUCAUUUCAGUUGGCUAAAGUGUUGGUAGUGCUUAACCCAAAUGUUCUCUUGUCCGUUUAUUAACAAAUAAAAUCUCACUUGAUUCC